UCACAUCCAGGUGCUUUGUCUUCUCUGAAGGACAUCGUUGUGGGCAGGUUGUAAUUCCUGAUUCUUUUAUUUAAUAUCCGCUUCUUCAAGACUUCCUUUAAAAUGGAGACGAAGCACCUGAGGACGUGUUUAGUGCUGCUCAUAUAUGAUGUGGCAGGACUCAGUCCAUCAUCAGCGUGGUCUAGAAGACAGCAGGUGCAAGGAAUCAUGGGAGAAUCUUUCACUUUUCCUGCCCCAGUGCUGACCAGAGGCUUCCUGCUCUACGAGGGUCUUGGCAAUUUAGCUGUGGUGUUCAGAAGAAAUGCUGAUACAAAUGUAAAGGGGAAGUUCAGAGACAGACUGCAGUGGGACAAACAGACUGGAUUCUUCACCAUCACUGAGCUGAAACUACAGGAUGAAGGACAAUAUAAAGUGGACAACAGUGAUGGACAGAAGAUCCUCACCACCUUCCAGCUGACAGUGUACAAGCGAGUGUCCAAACCCACAGUGGACACACAGAACUGCUCAGUACUGUGUUCGGUGGAGAACGACAGAGAUGUGACCCUGUCCUGGACCAGAGGGAAGGAGAUCCUGAACCAGACCAGAGAGAAGGAAAUCCUGAUCCAGACCAGCAGUCCUCAUCUCAACACCACCCUGUCUCUCCGUCUGGACAUAGAAAGACACCCAGAGACUUACUACUGUGAAGCGAAGAACCCAGUGAGCUCAGAGCGCCUUCGAGUGGACAGUGAGGAACACUGCGCUCCAACCAAGACCACGAAGGUGAAGUUGAGAUACAUCCCUGUGAUCCCCUCAGCCGCUCUCCUCGUCUUCCCAGGAAUCUUUCUGUUUUACUUCAUCAAACAGAAGCUCCAAUGUUGAUCUCUGUUCAUGUCGGUUGGUAAAGGUGAAUCAAGUGUUUUCCUUGGUUGUACACCUGUCCUGCAUUCAGUGUCAGAUACACUGUGUGUGUUUGUUCCUCUUACAGGAGAUCCAGACAGAGGAAAGACACUGGAAUCCACAAGCGGAGAUGGAGGGAAGGUUCUGGACCGAACAGAAAUGCGUUCAUCGAAAAGCUGCACAAAUUUACGCUUACAUGUGUUCAUUUAGCAAAAGCUUUUCUCCAAAGCUGCGUACAUCUCAUAGAAUGUGAGCUAAUAAAAUAAGCUAGAGAUUCUAUUUUAAGUUAAGAUGAGAGGAUUUCUGAGGUUCAACCAGACAGUAAGGAAAAAGAAAACAGAAAAUGUCCUGCGAACACAACAUGAAUUCAGCGUUAUGUGUAAAGUCUGUGUCCAGUGCAACAUUUACCAGGGUUUUCUUUGUCUGUCCUGCCCACAUGGGGAACAUUGUGUGUUUGAAAGCAGGAUUUAAGGAAACUCCUUAUCUGGUAACUUUGGAGGAGUGAGAAAUGUUCAUGUAUGGUUCAUAUAUUGAAACACUGGAAUUUUCAUAUCUUUUUCCAUUUCCCAUUUUUAAUGAACUUUACUGUGUUUUUAAUUUUUCAUGAGGGUUCUCUACUCCACUGGGACAUUGGUUCUGUUUAUUUUGUUUUUGUUAACUUUAAAGAGGCUGUUCUGCCCGCAUCUGUCAGUAAUUGUACACGAACUGAGUCCGAAGAU